AUGAGUACGCUUUCGCUACCCUACAGGGAGCAUGCGGGACCAGCAGAUGUUUGCUGCUCUCUGCACUAUUCUCCAGCUGCUCGGAAUCAUAUCCAACAAGCCUAUCUUGCUUCAGCACCAUCUACAGCAACAUGUUGCUGUACUCUACACAACAACCCUCUCCCCAAGCCAUUAUUCGGCAACGACUCAACGACCAUAUUGUUGUCGAAAGAGUCAAUAUCAUCAACCAAGAGCGAGAGUCCCGCGAAAGAUUUCACAUUCUGGAUGAUCUUCUUUGCGGUAUGUAUUACGACCCUCCUUGUGGCCAUUGACUUGUCAAUCGUCUCAACUGCACUUCCCACUAUCUCCGAGGACCUGAAAGCAGGCGAGCUAUACGUCUGGGUAGCCAAUGCCUAUGUACUGGCUUCAACCUCAGUUCAACCUCUCUUUGGCCAGGCAGCAAAUAUCUUUGGUCGUCGUUCCUUGAUGAUCAUGUCUACAGUUCUUUUCAUGGCAGGUUCCAUCUUCGCAGGAGUCUCACAAACUGUCAUGAUGAUGAUUGCAGCACGAACCAUCCAGGGAAUAGGUGGAGGAGGAAUCAUUACUCUAGGUGAAAUCAUCGUCUGCGAUCUCUUGCCCCUCAGAGAAAGAGGUCAAUACACAGGUCUCAUCGCCGGAACCUACGCCAUCGGAACCAUCAUUGGUCCUGUCCUAGGUGGUGUCUUUGUCGAACAAGCUACCUGGCGCUGGGUCUUCUACAUCAACAUCCCCAUCUGCGCCAUCGCUUUGGCAAUCGUCAUCCCCUUCCUCAAACUCACAUACAACCGCGUAGGCACCGUCUCAGACCGUCUCAAGCGCGUCGACUGGAUUGGCAACUUCGUCCUCGUCGCAGCCGUAGCAUCCAUCCUCUUCGCUCUCUCCUAUGGCGGCACCAAAUACGUCUGGACCUCCUGGCACAUCAUCCUCCCCUUAGUCUUCGGCUUCAUCGGCCUCGUCCUCUUCGCCUGGAUCCAAAAUUCCGGAUUGGUAGCUGAACCUACCAUGCCUCCCCAACUCUUCUCCAACCGCACCGCCGUCGCUAUCUUCGCUAUGGCGUUCGUCCACGGCCUCUUACUUCUCUACGUCAUCUACUUCUUCCCCGUCUACAGCCAGGCCGUCCUGAAAGCGUCUCCCAUCCGCGCAGGCGUCAUGCUCUUCCCAACCGCUACAACCAUCGCCCCCGCUGCCGCAGCAGCAGGCGCCGUAAUAACCAUCACAGGCCGCUACCGCCCCCUCCACUUCCUCGGCUGGACCCUAAUGAUCAUCGGCGUAGGCCUCUUCCCUCUGCUCGACCGCAACUCCACGACCGCCGCUUGGGUAGGCUACCAAGCGCUCUUCGGCCUCGGAAACGGCAUGGUGUUCAACGCCAUGAUCCCGCCCUUGCUCGCCUCGCUGCCUCCAUCUGAAGUCGCGACCGCGACUGCUACGUGGACAUUCAUGCGCUCCUUCGGCUCCAUCUGGGGCAUCGCCAUCCCGUCCGCGAUAUUCAACGAGAAGAUCAAUUCCCUGUCCAGCACCCGGCUGGCAGGCGAUCUGGCGACGCAAGCGCUGCUGAAGAAUGGAGAAGCGUAUCAGCAUGCGACGGCGGCGUUCAUCAACUCGCUGGCGCAGCCGACGCAGAAUAUCGUCAUCGGCAUCUUUGUGAGUUCGCUACGGACGGUAUGGUUCGUCGCCAUCGCGUUCGCGGUGCUGGGGCUGCCGAUUAGUUUGUUGGUGCGGAGUCUCACGCUGACGGAUGAGUAUGUGAGUGAGUUUGGGAUCGAGGAUAAGAAGAAGGUGGAGGGGGGGAUGGUGUAG